AUGUGCAAGAAGAGGCUAAUUCUUAGUAUCGCUCAAAACGAGACAUUCUCGAAAAGUUCGAGCCAGGGAUUGAACUGCGCAGGCGCGGAGGGCGCGGCGCCGCAGCACACGGCGGGGGCGGGCCUUGGGCUCGGCAACGUUACAACUAGCUGCAGCUUCUGGCAGCGCCAUUUUGAAAGCGCUGUUGCCGCGGAUCGGGCGUGUGGAGUAUUUGCUGAACGCCUGGGUCGGUCUUGCGGCUUUCCCGGCCUUCAUUUCCAUUCUGCGGACAUCUUUUUUUCCCAGACUUACAGCGAAUUUGGGGGAGCGAUCAUGUUGAGGGGAAAUCUGAAGCAAGUGCGGAUCGAGAAAAACCCAGCCCGCCUGCGGGCCUUGGAGUCGGCGGCGGGGGAGAGCGAGACGGCGGCUGCGGCUGCCAUGGCGCUCGCUCUGGCCGGGGAGCAGGCGCCGCCCCCCUCGGCUCCCCAGGAGGACCACCAGGAGGAAGAGAUGGGCUUCACCAUCGACAUCAAGAGCUUCCUGAAGCCCGGAGAGAAAACCUACACGCAGCGCUGCCGCCUCUUUGUGGGGAACCUACCCACGGAUAUCACGGAGGAGGACUUCAAGCGGCUCUUCGAGCGCUACGGGGAGCCCAGCGAGGUCUUCAUUAACCGGGACCGUGGCUUUGGCUUCAUACGUCUGGAGUCUAGAACUCUGGCUGAAAUUGCAAAAGCAGAGCUGGAUGGCACUAUUUUGAAAAGCAGACCACUCCGAAUUCGAUUUGCUACUCAUGGAGCUGCCUUAACUGUCAAGAACCUUUCCCCUGUGGUUUCUAAUGAGCUUCUAGAGCAAGCAUUUUCUCAAUUUGGUCCUGUGGAGAAAGCUGUUGUAGUAGUGGAUGAUCGUGGACGAGCAACGGGAAAAGGUUUUGUAGAAUUUGCUGCAAAACCACCAGCAAGAAAGGCCCUGGAAAGAUGUGGUGAUGGAGCAUUCUUGCUAACCACAACACCUCGGCCAGUCAUUGUGGAACCCAUGGAACAAUUUGAUGAUGAAGAUGGACUACCAGAGAAACUAAUGCAAAAGACACAACAAUAUCAUAAGGAGAGAGAACAGCCUCCCCGGUUUGCUCAACCUGGGACCUUUGAAUUUGAGUAUGCAUCACGAUGGAAGGCACUGGAUGAAAUGGAAAAACAGCAGCGGGAGCAGGUUGACAGAAACAUCAGAGAAGCCAAAGAGAAACUAGAGGCAGAAAUGGAAGCCGCUAGACAUGAACAUCAGUUAAUGUUGAUGAGGCAAGAUCUUAUGAGGCGCCAGGAAGAACUGAGACGCUUGGAAGAACUUCGAAAUCAAGAGCUUCAGAAACGCAAGCAGAUACAGUUGAGACACGAAGAAGAACAUCGCCGCCGUGAAGAAGAAAUGAUACGUCAUAGAGAACAAGAGGAACUUCGAAGACAGCAAGAAGGAUUUAAACCAAACUACUUGGAAAAUAGAGAACAGGAAAUGAGAAUGGGUGAUUUGGGUCCCCGUGGAGCAAUAAACAUGGGAGAUGCGUUUAGCCCAGCACCUGCUGGUAACCAAGGUCCUCCUCCAAUGAUGGGUAUGAAUAUGAACAACAGAGGAACUAUACCUGGCCCACCUCUGGGUCCUGGUCCUGCCUUGGGACCAGAAGGAGCUGCAAAUAUGGGAACUCCAAUGAUGCCAGAUAAUGGAGCAGUGCAUAAUGAUAGAUUUUCCCAAGGACCACCCUCUCAGAUGGGUUCACCUAUGGGAAGUAGAACAGGUACUGAAACCCCUCAGACCCCAAUGAGUGGUGUAGGUCCUGUGAGUGGUGGUCCUGGUGGCUUUGGUAGAGGAAGCCAAGGGGGAAACUUUGAAGGACCUAACAAACGUCGCAGAUACUAAAGAAUCUUUCAGUCCUUGCAAUUUAGAGAGAAGAAAAUUUAGUGGUAUGCCUUUAUAAUUUUACCUGUUUUCUGAAAGAAAUGGUUUUAUUGUUAAUGUAGUCUUUUCAAAGUUUCUUUUGUAAAACCUGAAGUUUUUGUAUUUUUUUUUCUUUAGUCUUACAUAAGCUCUGUAGUCUAGUGGAAAUGAUGAUGCUCAUCAUUGUGAAAGUCAAAUGUGUUUGUGACUUUAGCUAAAUAUAAACAUGCGAUCGUACUGUAAAACUUGUGCAGAUAACUUGAUCUCAAUAAAGAAAUCACUUUGAAUAAUUUGAAAUAUUAUUAGUAGUAUACUCCUUUAAAGUAUUAUCAAACUUUGCUGUACUAAUAACUUUUUGUUUGCUUUAACUUAAUAAUGCCAUCUAUUCAAAAAGCAAGAAGAUUUCAUGCUUUUUAGUUGUAAACUAGCAAGUAGUACUGAACUUUGCAAGAUAUGUGGUUAAUACCUGAUGUAUUAAGGGGUUGAACAUUAAAGGGGUUGAAAGAUGGAUAGUGCAACAACUGAAGAAGUAUACAUUUGUAUAAACCAUUAAUGUGUUCUGUAAAAUCAAGGUUAUGCUGUCUGUGGUUUAAAAGUUAGACUAGACUAGAAAUAUCAAGAAAAUCUUUGUCCUGUGUUCAAUUUUCCAAAUAAAUAUUUUGAUUCUUGGCUAAAGCUGCUUGAAGGCCAAUCUCCUUUGCUUAUAUAGAUAAAUUUAGUUUUAAUCUAGAAAAUAUAUUUGGUCCUGUAAUAAUUAACUUUAUGUCAAUGUCAACACUUCAGCAUUUGUUAAAAACAAAUUGUGUACAUAGCAAAUGCAGCAAUUUCACCACCACCAACACCCAAAAAAAAGAAAAAAGGUUUGGCUUUGUCAAGGAUUGAGGAGAGGUUAAGAUGGGAGGUAGUUUCAGGGUUUGCUAUGAAAAAUUUCAAUUAGAUCUUUGAUUAGAACAAACUUUCUUGAUAGAUCAUAAUUGGAUUUAUAUCAAGUCUAUUUAUACUAUUGGGUACUGAAAGCAUUUGAUUUUGAGCAUUUUGUUUUUAAGACUGGCAGGGUCUUAAAUAAUGGUGUCCAGUACUUUAAUAAUGUACUGUUGUGAUAAAUGAUCUUAGUGUCUACGAAUGCCUUCAACCAUACCUGGGAAAUGGUCAGCUCUUAUGUCAUCUUGCCAUUUAGAUCAUUUUCAAUUUUGUAAUCAAAUUUACAAGAGCCUAUCCUACUACAAAAUAUUGCUUUCAUUUUAAAUUUAAAUAUUUGCUUAAAAUGGUAGGUUUACAACUGCUUAAAUAGGUGCUUGUAAAACAACUUUUUAAUGUGUUUCAGAAUGAUUUUUUUUCUUGCUUUUGAAAAAAAGUUGAGUUUUGGGAAUAACAAAUCAUAUACCAAAAAAUUCUAAUCCCUUAACCUACUGGCUUUUAUUUCAUGGUAUUUGCAGUAUCAUAUCAUUGUAUAGGGUGGCCCAAAAUUCUUAAUGUAAUUUUAAUCUAUCAAAACUUAAGCCUUUUGAGCCACCCUCUAUAGCAGUUUUAGAAAUGGAAUGAUUUUUUCCAUUUGAUUCUUUAUAUGAUUUAAACUUUAAGCUGACUUUUCGGAAGAGGUCUAUCAACUUUUUAAAUGUAGUUAGUAAAAAAAGAUACAUUUGAGAUCCAUUGCUCUUGUGCUUUAAACUUUUCUUGGCAAUUAAAAAUGUCAUGUUCUUUUUCUUAAUUUUAAUAUUCAGGCCCUGUUGAAUAGUUGAAACAUUUUUUUGUAAGUGUGCACUAGGAUUGUCUGCAAACACUUUGUCUUAGACAAUUAUUUGAACACAUUGAUGGAUAAGAAAUAUAAGUGAUACUAGCCAAACAUAUUUACCACUUGGGUUAUUUUCUCUAGGUAUGAAGAAAGGGCAAUUGUUUACUUUAGAAGUUUUUUUCCUUAAAGCUUUGUCUUAAUUAUAAUACUCUUGCAUUUAAACAUACCUUAUUGUUUGCAUGCGUUUGUUAUAUACCAGGUGAUUUUGUGAGUGUCUUAUUUUAUUAAGGGUGGGGUGAAAUUCUGUUCCUGGCUGUUAAGUACCAGGUCAGCCUGGGUGCCAUUCUUUGAGAUUCUGUAUGAUUUGAUCAAGAACAUUUGAAAGCCAAUGCAAAAAGUGGGUGUUACAUCUCCUGAACAUCAUAAUGUCUGGGCUCAAGUAUGGCUUCCGGAGUAGAGUUCUUCACAGCCUGUGGCCCUUCACGGAGAAAGUCCUUCUUCAGUACUUACCAAGUUUAUCCUGGGGACAGUCUGCGUCUGAGUGCCAGUCCAGUGGAGCACCCAUGAACUUUUAGUUUAUGCAUUUUUAGGAUCGUUACCCACCUCCUUGUAUAAUUGAAUAACUUUAUUGUUAAAUUUUUAUCUUCUUCCUGAAUUAGUAAAAUGUGUGGAAUUAAGGACUUAUUUUGUUUGCCUUUGUCUUUUAGUUGUAAGAAGUGAUAGUAUAGAAAUAGAAAAUUUAGCAAUGUUAACUUAAAGUGUCACUUGAAUUUGUUAUCUGCUGCCAACAUUCCUUCCUACUUACUAAAGGAGAUAAAUCAAAUUUUGGCAUAGUGUGGCAGUUCUUUUCUUUGUGUACUUUGUAGUAGUUGUGUUCUAAAGUUUGAAAUAUACAGCUUUUUUUACAUUUUGUAAUAAUUAACAUGGUCAAAAUAAACAUACAUCCAUUCUUCUCACUAUUUUAUUUUAGGUGGAAAAAA